GACUCUUUUCACUAAGGGACUCUUUGGUCCUUCAGGUCCAGCAGAAACUAGUUCAAGUGGACUUCAGAGGAGCACCAGUGAAGAAGAACAGAGCAACACGUCACAAAGUCUUCAGUGCGCGUGUCUCUACGUCGGUGCUCGGGCCCUAAUAAUAAACAUUAGAAUAACAAUAGGUCCUCAGCUCCGACUACGUCGGUGUUCGGGCCCUAAUGAGACUGAAGACUAAUGAUGAACCCGUCUGUCUGUCUUCAUCAGGUGGCUGCAGCUUAUCAGCAACAUGAAAAGGAUCCAUCAGAGACCAGAGGCCCCUGGACCUGAACCUGAACCCAGCUGUGUGUCCCCUGAGACUAACCAGUCACACCAACAUGGCAUCGAUUUUAAAGGAGGAGAAGUUUCUUCUGCAGAUUCACAGCAGCAGAGAGAAAAGUCUCCUGAACCCAGCUGUGUGUCCAUGAAGAGUGGUCGGUCUAAAGGUCAGCCGAUUGACUUCAAAGAUGGACGCCGUUCUUAUGACCCAGAAGAGGACCAGGAGAGCUCAGAGGUUCCCAGAGGUCAGUCUGCCCAGCAGCAUCAAACACACCAGGACUCCAUAUUUAUGCUGCUGGAGGAGAACAUCGUUGCUUUUGUGAAGAAAGAGCUGAAGAAGAUCCAGAAGGUUGUGAGUUCAGAUUACCCAGAAUGCUUAGAGAGGGAGGAUGACGAGGUGCUGGACAGUGAGGAUGAAGAGCAGAGGAGGAGCAGCAGCAGAGAGGCAUUUGUGAAGAUCACACUGCACUUCCUGAGGAGAAUGAAGCAGGAGGAGCUGGCUGACUGUCUGCAGAGCAGACUUGCUGCAGUUUGUCAUCAUGAACUCAAAUCUAACCUGAAGAAGAAGUACCAGUGUGUGUUUGAGGGGAUUGCUAAAGCAGGAAACCCAACCCUUCUGACUCAGAUGUACACAGAGCUCUACAUCACAGAGGGAGGGACUGCAGUGGUCAAUGAUGAACAUGAGGUCAGACAGAUUGAAACAGCAUCCAGGAAACCACACAGACCAGAAACAACCAUCAGACAAGAAGACAUCUUUAAAGCCUCACCUGGAAGAGAGGAACCAAUCAGAACAGUGAUGUCAAAGGGAGUGGCUGGCAUUGGGAAAACAGUCUUAACACAGAAGUUCACUCUGGACUGGGCUGAAGACAAAGCCAACCAGGACAUACAGUUCACAUUUCCAUUCACUUUCAGAGAGCUGAAUGUGCUGAAAGAGAAACGGUACAGCUUGGUGGAACUUGUUCAUCACUUCUUCAGUGAAACCAAAGAAGCAGGAAUCUGCAGGUUUGAAGAGUUCCUGGUUCUGUUCAUCUUUGACGGUCUGGAUGAGUGUCGACUUCCUCUGGACUUCCACAACAAUGAGGUACUGACUGAUGUUACAGAGUCCACCUCAGUGGAUGUGCUGCUGACAAACCUCUUCAGGGGGGAACUGCUUCCCUCUGCUCGCCUCUGGAUAACCACACGACCUGCAGCAGCCAAUCAGAUCCCUCCUGACUGUGUUGACUUGGUGACAGAGGUCAGAGGGUUCACUGACCCACAGAAGGAGUAGUACUUCAGGAAGAGAUUCAGAGAUGAGGAGCAGGCCAGCAGGAUCAUCUACCACAUCAAGACCUCACGAAGACUCCACAUCAUGUGCCACAUCCCAGUCUUCUGCUGGAUCACUGCUACAGUUCUGGAGGAUGUGUUGAAGACCAGAGAGGGAGGAGAGCUGCCCAAGACCCUGACUGAGAUGUACAUCCACUUCCUGGUGGUUCAGUCCGAACGGAAGAAGGUCAAGUAUGAUGGAGGAGCUGAGACAGAUCCACGCUGGAGUCCAGAGAGCAGGAAGAUGACUGAGUCUCUGGGAAAACUGGCUUUUGAUCAGCUGCAGAAAGGCAACCUGAUCUUCUAUGAAUCCGACCUGGCAGAGUGUGGCAUCAAUAUCAGAGCAGCCUCGGUGUACUCAGGAGUGUUCACACAGAUCUUUAGAGAGGAGAGAGGACUGUACCAGGACAAGGUGUUCUGCUUCGUCCAUCUGAGUGUUCAGGAGUUUCUGGCUGCUCUUCAUGUCCAUCUGACCUUCAUCAACUCUGGAGUCAAUCUGCUGUCAGAAGAACAAACAACCUCCUGGUUGUCUAAAGUCUUUAGAGACAAACCUGAACCAAUACGUCUCUACCAGAGUGCUGUGGACAAGGCCUUACAGAGUCCAAAUGGACACCUGGACUUGUUCCUCCAUUUCCUCCUGGGUCUUUCACUGCAGACCAAUCAGACUCUCCUACGAGGUCUGCUGACAAAGACAGGAAGUAGCUCACAGACCAAUCAGAGAACAGUCCAGUACAUCAAGAAGAAGAUCAGUGAGAAUGUGUCUCCAGAGAAAAGCAUCAAUCUGUUCCACUGUCUGAAUGAACUGAAUGAUGGUUCUCUAGUGGAGGAGAUCCAACAGUCCCUGAGUUCAGGACGUCUCUCCACAGAUAAACUGUCUCCUGCUCAGUGGUCAGCUCUGGUCUUCAUCUUACUGUCAUCAGAAAAAGAUCUGGAUGUGUUUGACCUGAAGAAAUACUCUGCUUCAGAGGAGGCUCUUCUGAGGCUGCUGCCAGUGGUCAAAGCCUCUAACAGAGCUCUACUGAGUGACUGUAACCUCUCAGAGAGAAGCUGUGAAGCUCUGUCUUCAGUUCUCAGCUCCCAGUCCUCUAGUCUGAGAGAGCUGGACCUGAGUAACAACGACCUGAAGGAUUCAGGAGUGAAGCUGCUGUCUGCUGGACUGGAGACUCCACACUCAGAACUGGAAACUCUCAGCCUGUCAGGCUGUCUGAUCACAGAGGAAGGCUGUGCUUAUCUGGCCUCAGCUCUGACCUCCAACCCCUCCCAUCUGAGAGAGCUGGACCUGAGCUACAAUCAUCCAGGAGACUCAGGAGUGAAGCUGCUGUCUGCUGGACUGGAGGAUCCUUGCCGGAGACUGGAAACUCUCAGGGUGGAGCCUGCUGGAGUCCGAUGGUUCAGACCAGGUCUGAGGAAGUAUUCCUGUGAACUCACACUCGACACAAACACAGUACACAGAGAACUCACACUGUCUGACAACAACAGGAAGGUGACACGUGUGGGAGAGGUUCAGUCAUAUCCUGAUCAUCCAGACAGGUUUGAUGUCUGGCCUCAGCUGCUGUGUAGAACUGGUCUGACUGGUCGCUGUUACUGGGAGGUCGAGUGGAGAGGAGGAGUUGCUAUAUCAGUGAGUUACAGAGGAAUCAGAAGGAAAGGAGACAGUGAGGAUGGUUGGUUUGGAAGGAAUGAUCAUUCCUGGAGUCUGUGGUGCUAUGGUGAUGGUUACUAUGUCCUUCACAAUAAGGCAAGAACACCCACCUCUUCCUCUUCCUCUUCCUCCUCCUCUUCCUCCUCCUCUCCCUCUGGUAGAGUAGCAGUGUAUGUGGACUGUCCUGCUGGCUCUCUGUCCUUCUACAGAGUCUCCUCUGACACACUGAUCCACCUCCACACCUUCAACACCACAUUCACUGAACCUCUUUAUCCUGGGUUUGGGUUCUGGUUGAGUUCUGGUUCCUCAUUGUCUCUGUGUUCUCUGUAGGAGGGAGAGUCUCCUCCUGCUAGAGCAGUGGUUCUCAAACUGUGGGGCACAGCGGUAUUGCAAGUGGGGCGCAGGGGGAAAUGCAGAAU